AUGGAAGAAAAGUAUGAUUCUGGAGAUGUCAGUUGGGCUACAAAAAGUCCUACUUGUACUUAUGGUAAAUCUGUGUGGAGAGCUAUCAUGAAGUACCAUUCUACCUUUUUUAAAUUUAUUAAGUUCAAAGUCAAUAAUGGAGCUCUUUGCAGUUUUUGGGAUGAUAAUUGGUUAUAUCAGCACUCUCUUAAAUCUUUCUAUCCAAACUUAUAUGCAGUUUCUAGAGCUAAGAAUUUCACUGUUGCUGCAAUGGGAACUACUGCUGGUAAUACAGUCAUCUGGAAUCUUCAUAUCCCCAGAAGACUCAAUGCCGCUGCUAGAGCGGAGUACUCUCUCAUUUCUGCAGAUCUGAAUGACUUUAGAUUUGACAUAAGUUCUCCUGAUGAACUGCAAUGGUCUCUCACAAAGUCAAAGCAGUUUUCUGUAAGUUCUGUCUAUGACAAACUUACUGCUAAUAAUGAUACUUUGCUUACUAGUCCAAUUUCCAAUCUUAUAUGGAAGCUUAAAUGUCCCCCUAAGAUUGGAUUCUUCUUAUGGUUAUUGUCUUACAAUAAAUUACCAACCAGAGAUUUUUUAAGAAGGAGAGGAAUGGAUAUUCCACAAGGUUUCUUAUUUUGUGAUGCAGAUGAAACUUCUUCUCAUCUUUUACUUCAUUGCACCUUUGCAAGACAGGUUUGGAAUGAUUUUAUAUGCCAUUUAAAUUGGUUCUUCACUAUGCCAGAUGACAAGACUUAA